AUGCAGGACGCUCUAUCGGAGCCUCUCGAUCUCAAAGCAAUUCGGAGUCGAAUUAGUGAGCUUGAAGAAGUUUACCGGAGCUUCAAUGACGAGGACAUGGUGUCUUCGGAUUCAGACAAGUUGAUGAUUGACAGCGCUCUUCAGCCGGAGUUUCAGAGCAGAGUCGACCAGGUUUUGUCGGGUCUCUCCGACGACAGUUUCUUAGGGAUUUCAGAUUUAGAUGCAUACUUAGAGCACUUGAGGGAGGAGCUCACCGCGGCGGAGGCUGAGAGUGCUAAGAUCACUAGCGAAAUUGAAGCUAUCAAUAGGACUAAUCUCCAAGAUUCCAGUCAACUAGAAAGGGAUCUUGAGGAGUUGAAGUGUUCAUUGGACCGUAUUUCUUCAGAGGAUUUACCUCAGGCAUAUGAUGGUGCACGGCCUGCUUACUCACUGCAUGAGGAUUAUCAAUCCAAUUCAUUACAGACAGAUCAUGAUGAGAAGUUUGAGAUUAUGAAGCUUGAGAGUCAGAUUGUGGAAAGCACGGCAAUGUUAAAGUCUUUGCAAGAUCUCGACUCUUCAGUCAAGAGGUUUGAUGCAUUUGAACAAAUUGAAAACACAUUCUCAGUUCUGGAAGUCAUUGAAAUUGAUGGAAACUGCAUUAAUUUGUCAGUGAGGACUGAUUUCCUGAAAUUGGAAGAUGUCUUGUGCAAACAAAGAAUUGACGAUAUCAGCGAGUUGUCUGAAGUAGUUCACAAAGUUCUCAUAGAAGCUUCCAGUGAGACAAUGGAACUUAAGAAUGUUGAGAUUUUUCCGAAUGAUUUAUUCAUUGGUGAUAUCAUAGGUGAUGCCAAUUCAUCCAGCCAUUCUUUCACACAUGGUUCCCUCCCGGGGACAAGUUCCUUACUGCAAUGGUUUAUAAUGAAGCUACUAGACAGAAUAAGAGACUGCAAUUUAAGAAGAUUGGUGGCUACAAGUGCUAGCAAAUCAAGGCAUUCCUUUGAAUACUUGGACAGAGACGAAACUAUCAAAGCCCAUUUGGUGGGAGGAGUUGAUGCUUUUAUAAAAGUUCCCUCAGGAUGGCCUUUGACAAGUUUGCCUCUGAAAUUGACUUCCCUCCAGAGCUCAAACCAGCGCAAGAAAAUCUCCUCGAGCAUUCUCUGCAAGAUUCAGGAAGCAGCAAAUUCCUUAGAUUCACAAAUUCGACACCAGCUGCUAAGCUUCGCUGACGAAAUUGAGCAAGAGGUGCUGUCGAAAAGUGCAGCUGGAACACCACCAUGA